AUGGUGGAUGGGGAGAAAAAACCACCAAUGGGCUACAUUUAUGAAGCCAUGGAUAGGGCCAAAGAAAGUAUUGAAAAGGCAUUCAAUUAUGAUGACAGGAAAUAUAUGAAUGUUUUCAAAAUCAUUGAUGCAAGGUGGAUGGAUCAACUUCAUCAACCUUUACAUGCAGUUGGACAUAUUUUGAACCCGGGGCUCUAUUAUAAAAAUAAUGAGAUGAAGACUUUAACCGAAGAAGUGUGGUUGGGAUAUCAUGCAUGUGUUGAGAGGAUGAUCCUAGAUAAAACUUUGCAAUACAAAAUAGGGGAUGAGCUUGGUGUGUACAUGAAAGCUGACGGGCUACUUGGAAUUGAGUCGGCCAUUAGAGCUAGAACCUUAAGGUCACCAGUUGAAUGGUGGAUGCAAUAUGGUCAUAAUGUCCCAAACUUGCAACAAUUUGCUAUUAGAGUGCAAAGUUUAACUUGUAGCUCAUCCGGUUGCGAGAGAAAUUGGAGCGUGUAUGAACAUGUGAGAACCUAUAUUACGUUAUUACUAAAUUAA